AUGUUGCAGACAGACACCACCAUCAAUACUUUAAAAUACAAUGCCGUUGUUCCGCCGGAUCUCGAAGCUAGGUUCGGGGAGUUGAAGAAGAAGAUAAUUGAUCCAAAAAACCAUGUGGCCGUUAAGGAGAGCUGGAAGAGGUUGCUCGUUGCCCUCAAGAAGCUGAACCAGGAGAUUAUCGCCGCUGGGUCUUCCUGUAUUCCGACGGUGCAAUGGCUGGAGAUUGUUUCCAACGACAAUCGGUUACCAAACGAGCAGGCCAGACUUUUCCAGGAAAGAGGUGCCAUCAUGGUCAAGGGCGUUAUUCCAACAGACCAGAUUGAUUCAUGGUUUAGUGAUUUGGAAUCCUUCUGCAAGGAACACCCGGAAACGUCGGGGUACACCUACCCCAACCCAGCUUCUUGGUACAACGUCUUCUGGACCAAGCCCCAAACAGAGGCCAGAUCGCACCCUAACAUCUGCCAGAUGAUGAAGACUUUCGGUUCACAAUUCUACGUGGAAGAUGAAGAAACCUUGAUUGACCUCUCCUCUCAGAUAGUGUAUGGUGACCGAAUCAGAAUCCGGCAGCCGGGAGCUGUGGCAACCUUGAAGACCCAUCUUGAUUCCGGUUCUAUCGAAAGAUGGGAAGACGAUAACUACCGCCACGUUUACAAGGAGAUCUUUGAAGGUAACUGGGAAGUCUGGGACCCAUUCAAGCUCGACUCCAGGGUUUAUGCCCACGAAGACUUGUAUCCAGACGGGACUCACAGAGCUACGGUGUGCUCCAGUUUUAGAACCUUGCAGGGCUGGUUGGCCUUGAGUGACAACAAAACCGGCGAGGGAACAUUAAGGGUGUUACCAAGCCUCAAGACCACUAUGGCAUACAUCAUGUUAAGACCAUUCUUCUGGGAGGAUCCUGCGUCUGGGCUAUUGGACGACUAUGAGCUCGACGUGGAGUCGCCAAAGUUCCCGGGCGCCGUGCCUUCCUUAGGGCAGUUGUUUAUCUCUCCUGAGUACUACCGCCACUUAGAGUUGGAAACUGCUGUGGUUGGUAUCCCAGAUGUCCAUAGGGGUGACUUUAUUCUCUGGCACGCAGAUGUGGCUCAUGAAGUGGAUAGAGAACACAACGGUAGCUCCCACUCCAGUGUAUUCUACUACGGCCAGACCCCGUUGUGCUUGACCAAUAUCAAGACGUUGCUUGAUACCAAGGAAAGUUUCGAAAAAAACUGCUCACCAGCCGAUUUCUACACCCAGCUCAGUGAAGAGGACAAGGCAAAGGAGGAUCAGGGUGCGGAUGUGCGCGACAUCUCUGGUGCCGGUUUGGAGGCAAUGGGGUUGAAACCAUUUGAUGUUAACGAACCUGGUUUAACUAGCGGUCAGAGAAAAAUCAGAGAAAUCGCUAACAGGGCAGUUUUCGAGGGGAAGUUUGACGCAGCGCCUUUCCAUAAGAAAUUCUAA